GGCAUCGGCCGGCGCCGGAAGUGGUCGUGCUGGGGAGGGGGAGAGCCGAGCGCUCGGUCGGGCGCUGCAGUUGGCUGGAGUCGGGCGCCGCGCUAAGGCGCCGCUGCGCUCCCCGGCGAGAGAGAGAGCGAGCGAGAGAGCGAGCUAGAGAGAGAGAGAGCGAGCGAGAGAGCGCGAGCCCGGCCCGGGUCUCCCCGCCGCUCGGCCGCCAUGGACUUCAGGGAGAUUCUCCUGAUCGCUUCCAAGGGGCAAGGGGUCAACAACGUGCCGAAACGGUACAGUUUGGCGGUGGGUCCUCCCAAAAAAGACCCUAAAGUUAAGGGUGUUCAAUCAGCAGCUGUACAAGCUUUUCUCAAACGAAAAGAAGAGGAGCUCAGAAGAAAAGCCUUAGAGGAGAAAAGGAGAAAAGAAGAACUAGUGAAAAAGCGAAUUGAGUUAAAACAUGACAAGAAAGCAAGAGCUAUGGCUAAGAGGACAAAGGAUAAUUUCCAUGGUUACAAUGGGAUUCCUGUGGAGGAAAAGUCAAAGAAGAGACAGGCAGUAGAAAGCCAUCCUAGCCAGGGGACAGAUCAGGAAUAUGAAAUGGAAGAAGUGGAUGAAUUCUUCGAAUACAGUCAGGCAGAAUCUGAUCAGGAAUAUGAAGAAGAACAAGAACCUCCCAAAGUUGAAAACAAACCAAAGGUCCCCCUUAAAAGUGCCCCGCCACUCAUGAACUUCACAGACCUCCUCAGGCUGGCUGAGAAAAAGCAACACGAGCCAGUGGAGAUUAAGGUAGUGAAGAAAAUAGAAGAGCGGCCCAUGACAGCAGAAGAACUUAGGGAACGAGAAUUCCUUGAACGAAAGCAGAGGAAAAAGAAGCCUGAGACAGAUGCAAGACUACCUCCAACCAAAAAGGCCCCCUCUCAGAGAGAAGGUGUGGGCACAAAGCUUAGCAGAGCUUCUGGGGACAAGCACCCUUCUUCCAAGGGUGGACCCCUUCCUCCUGCUGAGAAGAAACCCAGACUCAACACAGUCCAUGAAAAACCUUCAUCCAGAUCCAUUUCAGGAGAGAGGACCAAAGUAGGUUCUGGCAGUUGUUCCCAACGUUUACUUCGUGAAGGCCAUGACAGAACUGUUUUCAACGGGGCCGGGAAGCCCCACUCUAGCACCAAUUCACCAAGUGUCCCAAAGAUGUCUGCUAAAGGGACUCAGAAAUCUGCUACUGAGCACAAAGCCAAAAAACCUCCACCCCAACCUAGCCAUUCCCGACCUGCGUCCAUGGUCACGCCACCCAGUAAGACUAAGAGUCCAGGUGUCAGGCAACCAGGCAGUGGCUCCAGUUUGGUCCCUGGGCGUCCCAGCACAGGAACCGGUCGGCCCAUUGCUAAUUCUGGACCCAUGCCCAAACGCCAGAAUGGCAUCUCUAGUUCAGGUCCUGAGCGACCAGUCAUUGGGACCAAGAGGCCAGCCAGUGAUUUCAGUCCUGCUGGACGGACAGUCAGGCCUACACCUGGCCCUGGACGACCUGCAGGCAGCUCAAGUGGCCCUGGGCGGCCCGUCACUGGCUCAGGUGGUUCUGGGAAAUGUAUGGGCAGUUCUGGAGGCCCUGGGCGGCCCAUGAGCAGUCCACAUGAUCUUCGGCGACCAGUGAGUGGUACGGCCGGCCCUGGGCGGUCUGUCAGUGGCCCUGGGCGGUCAGUCAGUGGCUUAGUUGCAGCUGGACGGACUGUUGGCAUUUCAGGCCCUGGAAGACCAAUGAACAGCUCAGGACCUGGGCGAACACUUAGUAAUUCAGGUCCUGCCCCAAAGCCCAAGUGCACUGUUGUUUCAGAAACAAUUUCUUCUAAGAAUAUAAUUAGCCGGUCCAGCAAUGGACAGAUGAAUGGAAUGAAGCCUUCACUUGCAGGCUAUAGAUCUGCCCAAGGUCCUCAAAGACUGCCUUUCCCUAGUGGUUAUAAACGGCAACGAGAUUAUGAAGAGGAUGAAGAGGAGGAGGAAUAUGACUCUGAAAUGGAAGAUUUUAUCGAAGAUGAAGGAGAACCUCAGGAAGACAUAUCCAAGCACAUUCGAGAAAUCUUUGGCUAUGACCGGAAAAAGUACAAAGAUGAAAGUGAUUAUGCCUUACGUUACAUGGAAAGUAGUUGGAAAGAGCAGCAGAAGGAAGAAGCAAAGAGUUUAAGACUUGGUAUGCAAGAGGAUUUAGAGGAAAUGAGACGUGAAGAAGAAGAAAUGAAGCGCCGAAAGGCCAAGAAGCUGAAGAAGCGUUAGAUGAGACUUUAUUUUAUGAAAUUGUAGAGAUACUCUGCUGCAAAGAAGUUCUGCCUCCAGACUGAAGAAGCCCCUUUAUCAUUUUAGGUUUAUUCUUCGGUACUCAAGAAGGACACAUAUUUGCAGGCUGUCAUUUGAGCAUAAAGUAUUUUUUAAGUACUUUGCAGGGUGAAAUCUAUAAGGCAGAUGACAGAAUGCCCAGUGAAUGCCCUUAUGAAGUUAAUUGUUCGCAGAUGCCAGUAAUACUGGCAAGCUAUGCACUCAGUGGGGCCACUCACCAGUUAAUCAGUCUUUUGUUCCUUUGCUUCCUUUGAAAGGGAAGAAAAUGAAAGAUUCCCAUGACUUUCAUAAUUUUGCUGAUGGUAAUGAGCAGGGUACUUCCCAGCUCCCAAAUUAUUUUUUUCUUAGGAGUAACAGGCCCUUCCAUGAAUGUAGGCAGUAAUAAAGUGACUUGUUCUAAUCUGUGGACUGGAAACUUGGAAAUGUAGGCUUUAUAAUUAUAUGGACGUCACGUCUGACUUUGAAGAAAAAAAAAGUAGAAUAAAUUAUAUUGUAUUCUGUGUUCCUCAUGGAUUGGAUGCUGAGCAUUCUUACUGAUUUUAGGUGAUUAAGCAAUUAAGGAUAAUUGUCCCAUAUUAAAAUACAAGUUAUGUCAUUUACUACAAGAAUAUUCUUUUCCAAGUUUUCCUUUCAGAUUAUCCAUUUACUGUUGUGUUGACUUUAAUGUAAAAUGGACAAGGUCACUGUGCUGGUUUUUAUCUAAAAAAUCAUUUUUAUAUUGAAGGAAGAAUAUUUUAUUCAAACAUUACAUUUGGAAGCUUACUAGUUUAAAAAGUGACAUGUGAGACUCCCCUCCUUCCCAUUCCCCUUCUCCAUUAUAAAGAUAUUUUGGAAUACAAAGUGUCCCUGUACCUCUUGCUGUUAAUGACUUUGCAUCUUAAAUUCCUUAACAAUUAAUUAAUGGCAGAAACCAAAAACUAAAUUAAUGCAUAUCAAGAGCACCAACUUCUCUUUUUGCCCAUAUUGCACUUUUAUUUCAAACUAUGCACUGUGAAGAGAUUUUUUUCUCCUAGGUAGAAAAGAAGGUUCCCCAUUCUGAUGGUUGUGGGUCUUUCUUAAUUCUUACCUUUAGAUCUAUCGGCUUGAUAUUUCUUAAGCCGCAAGGCCAAACAAUUCAAUCAGACUGACCCCUAGAUCUGGCUGGGGAGAAGUCUCAAAGGCAGCAGAAAAUGAGAUACGAUGCUAGAGAGUAUUUGUCCUUGAUGAUUAUAUAUAUAUGUGUGUGUGUAUGUAUAUAUGUAUAUACAUACACAUAUAUAUAUAUAUAUAUAUAGCGGGUUGGGGACAGUAGAAAAUAAGCUUAUCAAUUCCACAAUAAACAUUGUGGAUAUUAAGCCAUUGGACGGUGGGGAGUAGGAAGUAGGAGAGAUUUUCCUACAAAGAAUCCUAAGCUCUUCAACACAUCCAAAAGUUUUGUAUGUUCCUUUUUACCCAGUCUUAUUUAUUCCUAUUUGAUAUAGAUUAGUUUCUUUUUAGUGGGAUGACUUUGUGACCCAGAGUGGAUCAUUUUGAAUUGUAUUUCAAACUUUAUGUGCAGGGAUUUAAUUCUGAAGAUGAAUCCUGUAGGAAAGGGGUCUUCCAUCACUAGGAACAGUACCCUGAUGCUUCAGAAAACUGUUACAUUGGUGGCAAAAUAUCUUACUCCUCAUCUCAAAUAGCUUCACUGUAAUUGAUUUUAAAGCAGUGUCAUGUACUGUGAAGGUUUGGAACUAUUCCCUUUGCCAUCACUUAUGUGCUUUUAUUUUUCUUCUCCCAGAUUUAUUUUCUUGGAAGUGGUUUUCUUUCCACUACUUAGACUCUUAAUUACAAUCAAGUGCUUGACACAGCUGAAAGGUUUCUGGUGGCUUAAAAUUUUCUAGCACUUUACUCAAUGCAGUUAUUUGUACAGAGAAGCACCUUUGUGCUAAUAUCCCAACUUUGGUAGGAAGAGUCAGGAUGUGUCCUUAACUCUCUCACUUCUGAGUGCAUUUCUUCUAUAACAGAGGUGUUGGUUUUUAUCUUUUUCACCAUCAACAUUAUGAACUGGUAUUUCUGAUGCUCAUUUUAGAAAGUUUGGAGUCUUUUAAACUUGGCCUUGUUUCUGAAUCCUGUCUUCCACCUACCUUGUCCUGCAAUUCCUGACGACUCUUACUAAAAGCUCACAAACUUUUCAAGAAACUGAACUAGAAUCUUUUAUCAAGGUUUACAAAUUAAGUGCUUAAUUUUUAAUGUAUCCUCUUGAUUUUCAGAUGUUAUUAAUUCGAUAUUUGAAAAAUGUGCCUUUUAUUGGGGUAAUAUUAAUUCAGGAAUGUAGUAAUGUUAUUUCAUGAUUGUAAUGUUACAUGAUCAUGGUUGCACCUUUCUCCUAACAGAUGAUGUAAAAGGAAAGUAGUUUUCAUAAAACUCAUGGCUCUGAUUGCACUGUCCCACUUACUUUUGAUGUUACUGUGUCAAAGCAAGGGGCUUUUAAGGCUACUUUCAGAACGUGUCUUUGUAUUUUCUCUAAAAUGUAAAUGCAAUAUAUGUCCACUUGGAGGUCAGGGUACCACAUGUCACAGGCAACCUUACAUGUGUGCCAUGAGGAGAUUCAAAGACUUAACAAAAAGAAAGUCUGUGGGAACUUGGAAUUUCAUUUUUAUUUAAAAUGUAAUGCCCAAGAUUUUCUCCAAGAAAUGAAUUACUGUUUUGUAUGUUAUAACUUAAAAGCAGCUAUUAGUACAUUUCUGAGAUAUAGCAGGAGACCAAAACAUGUUUGGAAAGAGAAUAAAUAUAUGGAGAAACUGGUUGUUUUAUUUUCAAUGUGCCGAAUAUGUUAGACUACUAUUUAUUUUGUGAGUGGAUGUGAUGAAAUAAAUAUUCAGGUGUUUAGUGUAUGAUUAAGAGUGGAAUAUAGAUUUUUUUUUUGAAGUUAUAAUUCGUGUCUUUCACAUAAUGGACAAAUCAAUUAAAGAACAUUUUUUUUACAUA